AUGACUUAUGCCCGAAUUUAUCAAGGAGCCUUAUCCAUUUUCUUGCAUUCGAUUCUUUUCGAUCCUUCUGGAACCCCCACCUUCCUCACUUCCAUUUCAUCAACCAUGUCAGACGAGCAAGGAACCGGCGAGACAUUCGCCUUCCAGGCUGAGAUCGCUCAGUUGAUGUCAUUGAUCAUCAACACUUUCUACAGCAACAAGGAAAUCUUCUUGCGAGAAUUGGUCUCCAACUCGUCCGAUGCUCUUGACAAAAUCCGUUACCAAGCCCUCACCGAGCCCUCGGAGUUGGACUCGGGCAAAGAGUUGUUCAUCAAGAUCACCCCAAACAAGGCUGACAAGACGUUGACCAUCAUGGACACAGGAAUCGGAAUGACGAAAGCCGAUUUGGUGAACAAUUUGGGAACAAUCGCCAAGUCCGGAACGAAGGCUUUCAUGGAAGCUCUUCAGGCCGGUGCCGACAUCUCAAUGAUUGGUCAAUUUGGAGUCGGUUUCUACUCGGCUUUCCUCGUCGCCGACAAAGUCGUCGUCACCUCAAAGAAUAACGAUGAUGAUUGCCACGUGUGGGAGUCGUCAGCCGGCGGUAGCUUCAUCGUCACAUCUGUCAACGACCCGGAGUUGACACGAGGAACGAAGAUCGUUCUCUACAUGAAGGAAGACCAAACCGAAUACUUGGAAGAGCGAAGAAUCAAGGAAAUUAUCAAGAAACACUCGCAAUUCAUUGGAUAUCCAAUCAAAUUGGUCGUCGAGAAAGAGCGCGAGAAAGAGGUUGAAGAUGAUGAGGCUGAAGAGAAGAAAGAUGAGGAAAAGGAGAAGAAGGAAGGCGAGGUUGAGGACGUCGGAGAGGACGAGGACGCCGACAAGAAAGACAAGAAAAAGAAGAAGAUCAAGGAGAAAUAUUUCGAAGAUGAGGAGUUGAACAAGACGAAACCAAUCUGGACAAGAAAUCCGGAUGACAUCUCAAACGAGGAGUACGCCGAGUUCUACAAGAGUUUGAGCAACGAUUGGGAGGACCAUUUGGCCGUCAAACAUUUCAGUGUCGAGGGUCAACUCGAGUUCCGCGCUCUCCUCUUCGUCCCCCAACGUGCUCCAUUCGAUCUUUUCGAGAACAAGAAAUCGAAAAACUCCAUCAAAUUGUACGUCCGCCGUGUGUUCAUCAUGGAAAACUGUGAAGAGCUGAUGCCGGAAUAUCUCAAUUUCGUCAAGGGAGUCGUCGAUUCCGAGGAUCUCCCAUUGAACAUCUCUCGUGAAAUGCUGCAACAGAGCAAGAUCUUGAAGGUGAUUCGAAAGAAUUUGGUGAAGAAAUGCAUGGAGCUGUUCGACGAGAUCGCUGAAGAUAAAGACAACUUCAAGAAAUUCUACGAGCAAUUUGGAAAGAACAUGAAGCUCGGAAUCCACGAGGAUUCGACAAACAGAAAGAAGUUGGCCGAGUACUUGAGAUACGCAUCAUCGUCGACAGAAGAGGUCACCUCGUUGAAAGAUUACGUCUCGAGGAUGAAGGAGAACCAGAACCAAAUCUAUUACAUCACUGGCGAGUCGAGAGACUCAGUCUCUAAUUCGGCUUUCGUUGAACGUGUCCGAAAUCGUGGCUUCGAAGUGCUCUACAUGAUUGAUCCAAUCGAUGAGUACUGUGUGCAACAAUUGAAAGAAUAUGAUGGAAAGAAAUUGGUCUCCGUCACGAAAGAGGGUUUGGAGUUACCAGAGAGUGAGGAGGAGAAGAAGAAGUUCGAGGAGGACAAGGUGAAAUACGAGUCGCUCUGCAAGGUGAUCAAGGAUAUUUUGGAGAAAAAAGUUGAGAAAGUCGUUGUGUCAAAUCGUUUGGUGAAUUCACCGUGCUGCAUCGUCACAUCGGAAUAUGGAUGGUCGGCAAAUAUGGAGAGAAUCAUGAAGGCACAAGCACUUCGCGACUCAGCCACAAUGGGAUACAUGGCCGCAAAGAAGCAUCUAGAGUUGAACCCCGAUCACGCGAUCAUCAAAACUCUUCGUGAACGAGUCGAAGCUGAUAAGAGCGACAAAACGGUGAAAGAUCUCGUUGUUCUCCUUUUCGAGACCGCUCUUCUCUCGUCUGGAUUCACUCUUGAGGAACCAGCCUCGCACGCGUCAAGAAUCUAUCGAAUGGUGAAACUCGGUUUGGACAUUGGCGAGGAAGAGGAGGAUCAUCAAGUCUCAUCCGGCACAUCGCAGGAGGUGCCCAAAUUGGAGGGAGCCGACGAGGAUGCCUCUCGUAUGGAGGAAGUUCAACCGGAUAAAAUCGCCGAAUCAUCUUUUGGAAAACAUUUCGUGCCGGAGAAUGAGCCUUACAUUGCACCGAAAUGGAGCAACGAGGAGGAGAAGUAUUUCCCGUGCAGAGAUCGUGUCUGCGUUUGUGGAUAUUUUAACGGAACUGUGAAAGACGGAGAGUGCAUUCUGCCAUCAGGUUACACUCUCAAGAAAGCGCAUCGAAAAGAGAUUCGACAGUUAAGAGAUGAUGAACGAUUGGAGUUCGAGGCUGCGGUGAAUCGCUUGAAGCGAAGCGGGGAAUACAAUCGAGUGAGUCGAGUGCACAAGUAUUCGGGCGUGCACUCAGGACCCGGUUUCACGCUUUGGCAUCGAGAAUUUCUAAAGAGAUUCGAGUUGUUAUUCCGUCGUGCAAUGAGACCUGAAUAUGGACAUUAUUUGGGUAUUCCUUAUUGGGAUUCGACGUUGGACUCGGUGAUUCCCGAUCAAAGGCACACGGUGAUGUUCACUGAUGAGCUUCUGGGUACAACGGAUAAGGACAACUUUGUGCGGACAGGUCCCUACGCGAAUUGGACCACGAUGGAGGGAAAAGACGCGAUUGAGCGAACGAUUACCCAUGACAAUGAGGGAGAGUUUUUGUCUCGAGCUAGAGUUGAUUGGAUUAUCGACAAUGAUGAUUAUCGAGCUGUUCUAGCGGCAACUCUACCAAUAACCACUUGUCCAACGUAUUCCACACUGGAUGAUCGAUUUCUUGAAUACUCUCACGAUUAUGUUCAUUUCUUUAUUGGGGGUGACAUGAGUCGAUCUCAUUCUUCCUCAAAUGAUAUCGUCUUUUGUUUGCACCACUCAAUGAUUGACAACAUUUUCGAGAGUUUUCGACAAAAGAAACAAAACGAGAUCGAACGGGAAACGAUCUACCACAAAAACGAUGAGCGCUGUUUUCCACCAUGGCACAACGGGGAUCAUGUGAUGCCGUUUCUUCAUCCAUAUACGAAUUUGGAUGCUUUAUCAAAUGAUUAUACAAAGAAUAUGUACGAGUUUGCGCCAAGACCAACGUGCGGUCGGAGAGAGAUGGAUUAUUUCUUUUUCUGUCACAUUUACGAAAAUGAGCCGAUUUGCAUCUCGAAGGUAAAGCUUGGCGGUGAUUGCUCGGGCUUCGAGGGGACACCAAUCUGUUAUCAAGGGCAUUGCGUGAAGGGGAGAUGUUUGAAAAAUGAUCCGAUUAAGGAGCAAAUAUUGAAAACUUAUGGGUACUGGUUACCAGAAAACGCGGAUCUUUUCGACACAUGUCCUUUAACAGUCUACGAUCCAUUCUACAAGGAUAUUGGGAUGACGAUUAGAUACAAAAACCCGUUGACGGGUUGCAACAAGAAAUAUUCGCCGAUGACAAAACUUGAGCACGGGUUUUUAUCGAUCAAAAAGAGCAAUCUAAGCGAUUUCACGUGUAGAGCAAGGUGUUACGACUACAAACAUCCGACGAGAUCAAUCCCAAGAAAUUGGACAAAAAUUAAGGAGACUUCGCCAAUGAAAUUCGACUGUGAUUUUGUGCAUGCUGAGUGCAUCGAUGCCCAGGAAAAGAUACUGGACAGCUAUUUGCAUACACAGAUUGUGGAAAAUGAUAAAAGUACGGUCACUCUAUCAACGAAUCUCCCAAAUGGUAAAAUGCCCGAUGUUUAUGUGAUCAUUAUCGACUCUCUUUCAUCAACGCAAGCAAGAAGAACACUUCCCCGAACACUGAGCUUUUUGGAGAGUCAAAUGGGCGGAAUGCAUAUGCAUCAUUUGAAUAAAGUUGGAGAGAACUCUCGCCCAAAUGGUUUUGCCAUAUUGAUGAAUUGGCGAAUUCAAUACAUUCGUCGGCAAGCCUACGGGGGAACUGAUCUGCACACGCUGUACAAUCGGACAAUGUACUGCGAUACGUAUCACGACGAUGAUUUCGUGAUCUUUCGCGAAUUCGAGAAAAUCGGCUACAAAACGAUGUACAAUGACGAUUACUCAUCGGGCAAUGUUUUCACAUGGCCGAAUUGCAAAGGCUUCACAAAGCAUGAAGCAAAUCAUGGUUUUCGCCCAUUUAUCUACGCCUGGGGACAUCACAAACCCCUCCAAGAGCACGUGAACGCAAAAAAUUGUCUGGAAAAAUUCGCACUCCAACUGCAGUAUAUCUCGAAAUUUGUCAACUCUUAUAAUGGAACGAAUAAAUUCGUGCUAGAUUGGAUGACAGCGUUGAGCCACGACGAUCCGAAUGAUCUCUUUCAUGCGGAUGAAGCCUAUGAGAGUUUCUUCCGAACGAAUCAGAAAAAGUUUGAGAAUGCUUUCAUCUUUUUCAUGGGCGAUCACGGGCCAAGAUUUGGAGCGGUUCCAAGGACAAAGCUGGGUCGACGAGAGCUGAAAAACCCGCUUCUGCACAUGACUGUACCAAAAUGGUUACGAAGCAGUGAACAGUUAAUGUCGAAUCUCCGAGAAAACUCAUUAAAACUCCUCACUCAAUACGAUGUUUUUGCGACACUUGUCGAUAUUUUGAAGUACUCACCCCAAUCGAAUUACACUGAUUUCUCGUUUAUUCCAAUGGAUGAGUCAAAAAUCAACAAUGGCACCUCAAUUCUGCGUCCACUUGGCCCAUUCUCACAUCGAAAUUGUCGAAAUAUACCCACUGAUGCAUCGUAUUGUUUAUGUGAAUAUCGAAAGGAGGGAAUCAGUGAUUCGAAAUUGCAAAAGGUUAUGGGAAAUCUUUUGGUGAAUGCGAUAAACAAUGAGUUCAUUGAGAAGAAUUUGACGGCGUUGUGUAGAGAACUCGAGUUGGAUAAGGUGAUAGCCGCUAAUUCCUAUGUGCCGAUCGAGAAGACUUUCCUCUACGAGAUUGUGAUUAAAACGAAGCCGGGUGGCGGAGAGUUCAGUAGUGUACUCAAAUCCUCAAACUCAAUCGAUUUCGUGUUGAAGGGUGACAUUCUACGAAUUAAUUCUUAUGGAAAAGCGGGUGAUUGUGUGGCGAAUAGUUUCUCUGAGAUGCGUCCACUUUGCCUAUGUUUCGAUUAUAAGCCACCACCAAAAAAAGGAAAGCAU